ACCUGGAAUGAACUCGGGCACUGGGCAGAAAGUACGAGCCUGGAGGUUCCCGCUGUUGGCUUGGCUGGGCCAGGCGGGUUGUGCUGUUCCCGGUCGGCCGCUCGGAGGGAAGCCCUCUGUCCUAGGAGUGGGGGCUCUCUGGUUUGAAAGGAUGUCAGCAGCUUUUUAUUGAUGAAGAACCACUUGUUAUCACCAAUGUGCACAUGAAAUGGAAAGGGAACAGAUUCUGGAAAACAACUUCUGUUACAGCCUUGCAAGAUACUACCUGAAGUGUGUAAAGAAGUUUAAGUGACUGCUUUACUUGAUCAAAAUGGUGGACACUGAAAACCAGCUCUAUCCCCUUACUCCCUUGGAGGAGGAGGAUAUAGACAGCCCUUUAUCUGGAGAGUUCCUACAAGAUAUGGAGAACAUUCAAGACCUCUCCCAGUCUCUAGGUGAUGAUAGUUCUGGUGCUUUGAGCUUAACAGAGUUCCAGUCACUGGGAAAUGGUCCAGGAUCUGAUGGCUCAGUCAUAACAGACACCCUUUCACCAGCAUCCAGUCCUUCAUCCAUUAAUUUUGCCACAGCUCCAGGUAGCAUAGAUGAAUCAUCCAGUGGAGCAUUAAACAUUGAAUGUAGAAUUUGUGGGGAUAAAGCCUCAGGCUACCAUUAUGGAGUACAUGCUUGUGAAGGCUGUAAGGGCUUUUUUAGAAGAACAAUUCGUUUAAAACUCGUCUAUGAUAAAUGUGAUCGCAACUGCAAAAUUCAGAAAAAAAAUCGUAAUAAGUGCCAGUACUGUCGUUUUCAAAAGUGCCUUUCAGUUGGAAUGUCACAUAAUGCAAUACGUUUUGGAAGAAUGCCAAGGUCUGAGAAGGCCAAGCUGAAAGCAGAAAUUCUAACAGGUGAAAAUUACGUAGAAGAUUCAGAAAUGGCAGAUCUUAAAUCACUUGCCAAAAGAAUUCAUGAUGCCUACCUGAAAAACUUCAAUAUGAAUAAGGUUAAAGCCAGAAUCAUCCUUGCAGGGAAAACCAAUAACAAUCCGCCAUUUGUUAUCCAUGAUAUGGAUACCUUAUGUAUGGCAGAGAAGACCCUGGUGGCAAAAUUGGUAGCCAAUGGGAUUCAGAACAAGGAAGCAGAAGUUCGAAUCUUCCACUGCUGCCAGUGCACAUCUGUAGAGACCGUCACCGAACUCACUGAGUUUGCCAAAUCCAUCCCUGGCUUCUCCAGCCUGGACUUGAACGACCAAGUGACGCUAUUAAAAUACGGGGUUUAUGAAGCCAUAUUUGCCAUGUUGGCCUCUGUGAUGAACAAGGACGGGAUGCUGGUGGCCUAUGGGAAUGGUUUUAUAACCCGGGAGUUCCUGAAAAGCCUGAGAAAGCCAUUCUGUGAUAUAAUGGAGCCAAAAUUUGAUUUUGCAAUGAAAUUCAAUGCACUGGAUUUGGAUGACAGCGAUAUAUCCCUUUUUGUUGCUGCCAUCAUUUGCUGUGGAGAUCGUCCCGGUCUCGUAAAUGUAGGACACAUUGAAAAAAUGCAGGAGAGCAUUGUGCACGUACUGAAACUUCACUUGCAGACCAACCAUCCUGAUGACACCUUCCUCUUCCCAAAACUUCUCCAGAAAAUGGCUGACCUCCGACAGCUUGUCACAGAGCACGCUCAGCUCGUUCAGAUAAUCAAGAAGACUGAAUCUGAUGCACAUUUACACCCUUUACUACAGGAAAUCUACAGGGAUAUGUAUUAAGGAUUUUUAGUAUUUUUUUCACAAUAUUUAAAGACACAGAAAUACAGAUGGGAGCAAAACUACUUGCACAGUCACGUGCUGUUCACUCAGCCCAGAGCAGGAAAAAUCUAAGACUGGGGAACUGGAGUGUUACACUUCUUUUGGUUUGGGAUCUUUUGCCUUCUUUUGAAAGAGUUCUGCAAAAAAGUUCUGGUCAGAGUGCUCAAUGAAGUGUCUUACAAUGGUUCUUUUAUUUGGAAAUUUGAAGAUUGGUAAGGAAUACAUAUUUGUGUAAUAAAUCAGAAUAUUAAGUAACAGAAAUGAACAAAAUUUUAUUUCCUCUUGGCUUAGUCAUUUUAGAAUUAAUAUAACAAAUUCAGCCAUCUCCCUCCAGGUGUAUGCACAAUCAGAAAGACAAUGCACUUUUGCCUAAUGGUAAUUACUGAAACCAGCUAACAGUUUUUCCUAGUCUAGAUGUACCAAAUGGCUGGAUAUUACUGUCCAUACACUUCUUAAAGAUUGGAAAGACCUUUGAUCCACUGCUGCUUUAAUUCCAUUAGAUGAUGCACAGGCUUCACAUAGUGUUACCUUGGCAUACCUUAGGAUUAGCAUGUUUAAAAGAUGGUUCUUUUAUGAAAUGAAACAAAAUCCAAAUAGUUAUCUAAAAUACUGCAGAGCUGCUCCAAUGGGUGUUUCUUUGAAGAGUAAACGUGAUAAAGUGAUGGAACUCUUUUUUUCGGAAGUGUUUUAAGGAAAUGUGGAAAUGUCCCUGAAGUAAAAUGUAUCAUAUACCCUGUAUAUUUUGGAGAACUUGUUGCAGUUCAAGAUGCAGUUUUGAAUUAGAAAUACUCUUUUGAAUUAGCAAGAGUUUUGGAGAGAUUGAAAAAUCUGAUCCUAGCCCAGAAAAAAAAGAAUUUCACCUUCACAGCAUUCUGCUGCAGUGAUUCCUGCUGACUGUGAAGGAAUGAUUAGAUAGAAAAAGCACCUUCUCAUACAUACACACAAGUGUAUUAUAGUUGUUUGGACCUGUUUGCUUUUCUGAUGAAUACACUGCUUCAUUUUUUCCAAUUAUCCACCUGGAUAUAUUACUUUCUAUUCCUCCUUAGGCCUUGUUGAUAGAAGUAUUCGCUCCGUUGUUUUGUCCUCGGGGAUAAGGUGACAAUAUUACCAAGAACAGUGUCUGUAGGUGUCGGACUGUGUAAUAAUAGGAAAGACAGCACAGUUGAGAGUAAGUCUAUCGUGUUCCUAAGAUAAACUCUGAUUUUUACAAUUGCACCUUACUCCUGAUACAAAAUAAGCCAUAAGGAAAUGUCCUCAUUUCUUUAAGGGCUCUUUCCUCAGACAGUACUGCCCAGAAGUGACAGCUGCAUGCAAGGCACUGCUAUUUCUGUUCCUUUUUGUUUCUUUAAUAUGGUAACUGCACAUUAUUAUUUCCUAAUUUUACUUUCUGUUUCAUAGCACCAAGGUCUCAGGAGUCAACCUGAGCAUUUUCACUACAGCUGAGCUUUCAGUGGCACAGGAGGACACUUUGUAUUUGUUUAAUUGUACACAUUUGGAAACACCAGAGUCUUCACUGCAAGAACUGAGUGAGACUGAUGAAAUGAGAACAUCACAGUGUGAUCCCUAUCUGAGUGGCAGUGCUUGUUUCUGUCCAGGCCUAUGGACACUGGAUAAAUUACAGGUUUAAAGGCAACUUGGGGUUUAUCUGGGAGGGGGUCAUGAGCAGAGGCUUUAGCGUCAGGUAUAUUUAGUGUAAAAUACUGAAGCAUAGGCCUCAAAUUUUGUGACCAUCUAGGGCAGGAUAGGAAGAGUAAAUGCAUGUGCACAAAACUUCCCUUGGCUGUUGCCAACCAGCAGCAGGAAGAACAGGCCCCAGACACUCCAUCGAGAGGCCGUUGGCCUUGCCAGGAACCCGUGGAUGGGAAAAGGGCUGCCUUUUGUGUCUCAGAGCAGCAGGCAGAGUGCCCUCAGACACACAGACAGGAUUUCAGCUGAGCUGCUGCUUCAUCCUCCCAGUCAGCCCCGUUGCACUGAGGAGCUAUGGGCUCUAGGCCUACAACAUCCUGCGUGGAAAGAAUUGAUACACAAUAUUGCCAGUGCAAAAAAUUGUCAAAACAUCAGCCCUUCUGGGCUGGCAUACUGAAACUCUAGCAGCCAGCUGUUACGUUUAUCUUCUGAAAAAAAAAAGGGUAACUUGAAUUUUUUUUCCCACAAAGCUUCGAUUUUUGCAAAGGGCAGAUUUCACAGUUGUGUUCCAUAGUCUGGGUGUACUCAAGGUCCUCAGGAAAACCAGACACAGUCAGUGUGGCCAACAACUAUUCUUUCUGCUCUUGUUCUCAAAGCUGGCUAAAACACUUUAGUGAAACACUUGAAAAAUGUGGAAAAUUUAAUAAUUUAAAUAUUUAAUAAUAAUAAAACCUAAUAACUUAAGAAUACUUAAAUUCUCAGCAAAGCUAUAAAGAAUUGAAAACAGAAUAACUCAGUUCAAGACUUAACAUUUAGCUAUCUUAGCAGCUGCUUGUUACAGGGUCCUGUUAUCAGCAAUAGAAAAGCACAUAAUUUUUUUGUUAUUUGAAAACCAGCAAGCAAUGUUUGACUAGUUCCUUGGACACUGAAGUUUUAUUUCUGUUUUAAAUUAAAUUGCAGACCUUUAUUGAGAAAAAAAA